AUGGCUCCCAACGACGCCCCCAUCGCUCCCAGCACUGCUACCACCGUCCAAUAUUCUAAGGAGGCCCACAAGGAUGGCCUCCCGAAGCCUUCGUACCCAUCUCACCCCCUGGAUCCUCUUUCCGCCGAUGAGAUCGUAGCCGUCUCUUUCGCUGUUCGCCACUAUAUCGCGAAGGAAACAGAGAUUAAGGCUAUCCGGUUUAUCACAAACUAUCUCGUCCCCCCUCCCAAGCGCGCCGUGCUCGCACACUUGGGCAUUCCUCUCACUCCCGGCGGCAAAGUUGACGAGAAGGACAAGGUCCCUAUUGUCAGAAAGGCUGAGGUUGACCGCUUAGACGCUUACAACGCUGUCGUUGCACUCUCCAACGAAACAUCCCAGUGGUCUGUCGAGGUCAACGUAAAGCUCCCCGAGGGUACCCAGCCGCAACUUUCACCCGGCGAGCUGUUGGCUGCCGAAGAAAUCGUGAGGGCCGACGAGACCGUCAGAAAGCUCGCGAAGGCUGUCGGAAUUGAACCUCACCAAAUCUUCGCCGACGGCUGGACGGUUGGCUUUGACGAUCGUUUCCCUAAGACACAGAGGAUACAACAGGCGCUUCUGUUCGCGAGAAUAUCGGAGCAUGAUAACCUGUAUGCUCAUCCUCUGGACUUCGUCCCCGUCGUCGACUCUCUUUCCAACAAAGUCAUCCACAUCGAUUUCGCUCCCACCUACUCCGCGUCGAAACCUGAGGAGGCCUCGCACGACAAGAACUCCCUCAUCUCCCGGAAGGACAAGUCUACUACACCUCCUUCACUCUCUGCGACUGCGGAAGAAUCUGCCGUAGCUUCUCUCGAGUCAUCUGGUCGUGAACGUGUUCCUCCUCCGAUGGCUCCUUGGGACUUCUUGCCUGAUCUCUUGGAGAGUAACACAGAUAACCUGAAGAAGAGGGAAGCUCCGAAAUCGCUGCAUGUGGUUCAGCCGGAAGGUGUCAGCUUCAAGAUGGACGGCAACGUCUUGGAGUGGCAGAAGUGGAAGAUGCAUAUCGGUUUCAGUCAUCGCGAGGGUAUCGCCCUUUCGACGAUCACGUAUGACGACGAUGGCACCGUCCGCCCGCUCUUCUACAGGCUGAGCAUGGCCGAGAUGGUUGUUCCUUACGGCGACCCCUCCCACCCUCAUCCAAGGAAGUUUGCCUUCGACACCGGUGAGUACGGUAUGGGCACUAUGGCCAACGAGCUUUCGCUUGGAUGUGAUUGCCUCGGUCAGAUCCACUACCUUUCGGGUGUCUACACCGGCCACGAUGGCUCGGCCGUCGUGAUCAAGAACGUUAUCUGCAUUCAUGAAGAGGAUGCCGGACUCCUGUGGAAGCACACCGACUACAGGGUGGGCGGUCGUACGCACUCUGUGCGUGCCAGACGCCUGGUGGUCAGCAUGGUUUGCACCUUGGCCAACUACGAAUACAUCUGGAACUACCUCUUCUACCAAGACGGCUCCAUCGAAUUCGAGAUCCGUCUCACCGGUAUCCUUCACGUUUACCCUACCGCAGGUCCAUCCGACCCCACUCCCUACGGAGUUCAGAUCGCCCCGGGCAUCAACGGCAUCAACCACCAACACAUGUUCUCCUUCCGUAUCGAUCCCAUGAUUGACGGUCUCUCCAACUCCGUCAUGGAGACCGACAUCAACCGCGUCGAUGCUCCUACUGGCUCCUCCGUUAACUUCGCCGGCAAUGGCUUCACCGCGGACAGCACGAUCCUCAAGACCGCAGCCGAUGGCGCUCGUGAUGUCAAUUAUGAGAAGGACAGGAGGUGGAGGAUUGUAAACACGGAUAGGAAGCACUAUGCUAGCGGUGCCCCGGUUGGAUACGCGCUCGGGUUGAAGGGAGGAGCGACGCCAUUUAUGCCGAGGGCAGAUGGUUGGGUCGGAGAGCGUGCGAGGUUUGCGGCGAGGACGUUAUGGGUUGUGAAGGAUGAGGAGAAGGAGAGCAGGAUGUGGCCUUCGGGUAAAUAUGUGCCACAGGCGAGAGGUGAGCCGGCGGAUAGUGUGGGGGUCUGGUUGAAGGAGGAUGCGGAGAAGGGUGUGAGCAUCGAGCAGGAGGACCUGGUCGUGUUCGCGACGGUGGGCACAACCCACAUCGCUCGACCUGAGGACUGGCCUAUAAUGCCGGUCGAGCAUCUCCGCCUUACGCUCAAGCCUGUCUCGUUCUUCACUGCCAACCCAUCCCUCGACGUUCCUGGUGGGACAGAUUCCAAGAGCGUACCUGCUUUCGGCGACUCGCAUGGCAGCUGCUGCAAUUAG